AUGGCUUCUGCGACGCCUAGUGCUGCCUCGGAAGAGGGUCAGAUGGACCAUCUACUAUCGACAGACGAUGAACGGGACGAAGUGACAGAGGCCUCAACCCCGAGUGGUGCCGAUAUCCACCUGGAGUCUGCCCGGGAUGGAGCAGGAGGCGACCUCCUGAGCCUUCCUGUCUGGCUACAGGAGUCCGCCAGCUCAUAUCGGUGGAGAUGGGUGCCAGUGAGAGUACGACAGGCUGCUCGAGCUGUGACAAAGUGGACGAAAGGCCCGGAUCCUUCCUAUAGAUACCAUAUCAACCCGCUUCUUCCCAAUAUACAAGAAGCGCCGGCCAGAUUCAUCCACAGGCACUUGCCGAGAAAAGAACACAAGAUUGCUCUGAUCGGCUUCUUUUACUUCUGCUGGUUCUUGACCUUCUCACUCGUUCUCCAUCAUUCCGCGAAGGCCGGCAUGAUUGAAGGUUACGGCCAUCCAGAUUCCAUUUGGUGUGGUGCAACCUUCUGGAGUCCAAGCAAUGAAUGCGGCUUAGACGGAAAUGCUUGUCGUCCUUUCGACAAUUCGACUUUCGCGUUUCGAUGCCCAGCAAACUGCAAAGCUACCCAUGUGCUUAACCCACAUGCUAUUGGAACCCUUGAAGUAAAUUACAAACCGUUCGUAAUCGGCGGACCACAUAUCUCGGAAGAGAACUCAACCUUGCCCGAUACUAUCUAUCGUGGUGACUCCUUCAUAUGCCAGGCUGCAAUCCACUCCGGCAUCGUGAAGAAUGACGUGGGCGGAUGCGGCGUUGCAAUGCUUACAGGCGAGCAGACGAACUUCACCGCAACCAGAAGACACGGUAUACAGAGUUUUCCGUUUGACUCGACAUUCCCAAAGACCUUCACGUUUAUCAAAGGCCUCACGUCCAAUUGUGGCCCAGACUUGAGGUGGCCGCUUCUUGCGGUGACCUGCGGCUUCACUACCAUCCUCUCUCUCUGCACAACCAAUGUGCCGGUCUUCUUCUUCUCAACCUUCACCAUGCUCUUCUUCCAUGUUGGUCUUGUGUCUGACCCACCAGGUCACUCUGAUUACGCAUCACUCAUAUCCAUCAUUGUUGGUCGUUUUUUGCCUGCUAUUUUUGUCGCGGUUGUCUUCUACCGCUUCAGCGUCAAGAUACAGCAGACAGAAUUAACGGCCAACAUCGAGAGAAGUAUUUUCUGGCUCGGUGGCGCGUGGGUCGGCUCUUUGAACAAUUACACCUUUGAUUUCAUUCCAAUACAGCGACUAACACCUCAUGAUCUCAAGGCACAAGCUGGGGCUGUUUUGGCUUUGAUCAUUGUAGUCCUUGUCAUAUUCUUCAUUGCCCUACAGCAAGCCUGGUAUCUCCGGCAGGAGGGGCGUUUUCGCAAGUAUUUGGCGAUUUACGCCACUAUGAUCGCUGGUCUACUUAUCUGCGUGGCCAUCCCGCAGCUCAAUCUCAGAAUCCAUCACUACUUCCUUGCAAUGCUGCUGCUUCCAGGGACACGGACACAGACAAGACCAAGCUUGUUGUACCAGGGCAUACUUGUAGGCUUAUUCAUCAAUGGCACAGCACGAUGGGGCUUCGACUCUAUCAUGCAAACAGCUUUCGAGCUACGCGGCGCCGAUGGCCAGAAGAUGUCGUUGCUUCCCAAUAUUACAGCACCUAUCGUUGGCGCGGCGAACAUCACUUUCAAUUGGAGCCGGCCUCCAAGACCUUAUGAUGGCGUUAGUAUGCUAGUCAAUGACGUGGAAAGGCAUAGGUGGUACUACGGCGAAGGUGGUCCAGAGCAAACGUUUGAGAAGUACGACUCGGUAUCAAAGGAGUACUUUCGGUUCGCGUACAUGAGAGGAAGCGAGACGGGCGACUAUACGAAAGCGGGUGUUUGGGAAACGGACGGGCACUGGAUACCUAUGGAACCUGGUCGAGCAUUUAGAUAG